AUGGCGAGCGCAGUCAAAACGCAACGGUAUUUUCGCGCAACGAGUGGCAACGGGCGCCCGUCAAGUGCUGGGAAUACAAACGAAAAACUAUCAAAACGGGAAUUUUAUAUUUGCAUUUAUUUGUCGGUGGUGAAACAGUGCGUAAACGAAUUUGUGAACACUAAAGUAUUGGACGCGAGUUGCGUAGCACUUCAGCCGUGUACGCGAAAACCGGAUAACUGUAAAACGCAGUCAAAACGGCCGCAGCGGAAGUUCACGCGGAAGUGUCACGCUGUUAUUGGUAGUUUUGCGUUGUUGUUGUAGCUGUUAUGCGUUCGCCGAAGUGUUGCGGAAAUCGUUGUGUUUAACUCAGACUCGUGUGGUUUUCUAAAGUGGGUGCGAGGUGAAUUUGUUAAAAAUUAAAUAACAAUUUAUUGAAAUAUUUUGUUAUUAACAAAUUAAGCUUAUAAGAAAUAUAAGUUUUCUCAAUGUACAUGUGUGGACUAAAAGUUUAAAGUACUUUACAUCUAUCAAAUUAGUGAAUCAAAAUGACGCCACAUACAAGUAUGGGCAUUCAGAAGAAGCCGCCGGCAGGAGUGCCAGCACAUGGCUUGCCGGCUGGCGCGCGUAAAGGCUGCUUACCUCUGGGAUUACCGCAGCCGUUGUUGUUGGAGGAGAAGAAAUUCCUGUUGGCGGUGGAACGUGGCGAUAUUGGCAAUGUACGCAGAAUUCUGCAGAAGGCCCAUCGCAAGCGCCACAUCAAUAUCAAUUGUAUGGAUCCUUUGGGUCGACGCGCGCUCACCCUGGCCAUUGACAAUGAGAAUCUCGAAAUGGUUGAGUUGUUGGUGAUUAUGGGCGUGGAGACGAAGGAUGCUCUGUUGCAUGCCAUUAAUGCCGAGUUUGUCGAGGCUGUUGAGCUGCUGCUGGAGCAUGAGGAACUCAUCUACAAGGAGGGCGAACCAUAUAGCUGGCAAAAAGUCGAUAUAAAUACAGCUAUGUUCCCACCCGACAUCACACCGCUCAUACUGGCUGCUCAUAAGGAUAAUUUUGAGAUUUUAAAAAUUCUAUUGGAUCGUGGUGCUGCCGUGCCGGUGCCACAUGAUAUUCGCUGCGGUUGUGAUGAGUGCGUACGUUUGUCUAACGAAGACUCGUUGCGUCAUUCUUUGUCUCGUGUUAACAUUUAUAAGGCUUUGGCGAGUCCUUCACUCAUUUGUCUCACCUCUACCGAUCCAUUGCUCACGGCAUUUCAACUGUCCUGGGAGUUGCGAAAUUUGGCUUUUACGGAGCAGGAAUGCAAAGCCGAGUAUAUGGAAUUGCGUCGUCAGUGCCAAAAAUUCGCCGUUGAUCUGCUGGAUCAAACACGUACCUCGAAUGAACUGGCCAUAAUACUCAAUUACGAUCCGGAGAUUUCUACUUAUGAGCCUGGUGAUCGCAUGAGCUUGAACCGUCUGGAGCAGGCCAUCAUGUAUAAACAAAAGAAGUUUGUUGCCCACUCGAAUAUCCAACAAUUGCUCUCGGCUAUUUGGUACGAUGGUUUGCCCGGUUUUAGGCGCAAAACGGUACUCGAAAAGAUCUGGUGCAUUGUGCAGGUGGCUGUGCUCUUCCCCGUCUAUUGUAUGAUCUACAUGUUUGCGCCAAAUUGUCGAACCGGAAUUUUGAUGCGUAAACCGUUCAUGAAGUUUCUCAUACACGCCUCGUCCUAUCUGUUCUUCCUGUUCAUCCUAAUCCUGGUCUCGCAACGUGCCGACGACGAUGUCAUACGUCUUUUCGGCACCGAACGCAUGCGGCAGGCGCUGGCCGAAGAACAGCUGCGUCAGCGUGGUAAAGCGCCGACUAAGCUGGAGCUGUUGGUGGUCUUCUACGUGUUCGGCUUCAUGUGGGAGGAGGUGCAGGAGAUAUUCACGGUGGGCAUGAAGAGCUAUUUGCGUAACAUGUGGAAUUUCAUUGAUUUUCUGCGCAACAGUUUGUACGUCAGCGUCAUGUGUUUGAGAAUCCUCGCCUACAUACAGCAGACCAGCGAAAUCGCGCACGAUUCGAAAAUGGCGUACGUGCCACGCGAGAAAUGGGACGACUAUGAUCCACAGUUAAUCGCUGAAGGUCUACUAGCCGCUGCUAACGUGUUCUCAGCACUCAAACUGGUACAUCUCUUCUCGAUCAAUCCACACUUGGGACCGUUGCAGAUCUCACUUGGACGCAUGGUUAUCGACAUUGUGAAAUUUUUCUUCAUCUACUCUUUAGUGCUGUUCGCCUUUGCUUGUGGUCUCAAUCAAUUGCUGUGGUAUUUCGCUGAUUUGGAGAAGAGCAAGUGCUAUAGUUUGCCGGAUGGUUCAGCCGAUUGGGGUGGCAAUGGAGAUUCGUGUAUGAAGUGGCGGCGUUUUGGAAACCUCUUCGAGUCAUCGCAAUCACUCUUCUGGGCCAGUUUCGGCAUGGUUGGCCUGUCCGAUUUCGAGCUGACCGGCAUUAAAUCAUACACACGCUUCUGGGGUUUGCUGAUGUUCGGCUCGUACAGUGUCAUCAAUGUGAUUGUAUUGUUGAAUCUACUCAUCGCGAUGAUGUCCAAUUCAUAUGCCAUGAUUGAUGAACACUCGGACACGGAGUGGAAGUUCGCACGCACCAAAUUGUGGAUGAGCUACUUUGAGGACAGCGCCACGCUGCCGCCACCCUUCAAUAUAAUGCCCUCGGCUAAGUGGCUAAUCAGGGUGUUCCGCAAAUCGAGCAAGGAGAUCGAUAAGAAGCGUUCAAAGAAGCGCCAGCUUAAGGACCAGGAGAAUGCCUAUGACAAUAUAAUGCGUUCGUUGGUUUGGCGUUUCAUUUCGGCGGAGCAUCGCAAGUUUGAGGAGAAUCCUGUCACCGAGGAUGAUAUUAAUGAGCUGAAAUGCGAGAUCUCCACAAUGCGCUAUGAGAUUUUGGAUGUGUUCGAGAAUAGCGGAUUGGAUUGUUCGAGCGCGAGUAAGCGUGAGAAACCAUCACGUGCCAAGCGCAACAAAGUGUGGGAACGACGUCUCAUGAAGGGCUUCCAGGUGGCGCCAGUGAAUGUCGUCUACGCCGAAGAUGCCAAUUUCAAUGUGAAUGGCGAAGGUGAAAUUAACGAAAUCAAAAUCGAGAAGGAACCAUCGCGCGAUCCCAACGAAACACCGCUCGAGCGUUUCCGACGUGUUGCACGCACUGUGGCUGCGCAAUCAGCAACACACAAGUGGACGGUGGUGCUGCGUGGCGUAACCAAGAACUCGCAAAUCGGACGCUGCAGCAACUAUCACGAUGCGGACAACUUGCAGCAUCUUGGAAAGGCGAUCGAGGAGGCGAAGCGACUCAUCAUGCUUAGUCCUACCUUUUCACGUCCGGGUAUCGAGUCGCCGAUACCUAUAGAGUUUGAGGAUGAGAAGACCUCAACACUACUGGAUUUGCUCAAUAAGAUUAGUGAAGAGAUCGAUGAUCAUUACGAUGCACCACACGCCAGAACGGCUGAGAUGAAAAAGCGCGAGUUACUACGCGCCUUCCAGCAACAACAACAACCCACCUACAAAGAGCAAACAUUUCUGAAGCAAAAGCAGCAGAAAUUUCAGCAGGCAGAAUAUCCACUGCUGACACGCGCCAAGACCGCACCGGAAAUAGAGCUCAACAAAGCAGUUAAAGCGCCUGAAAAUAACAACCACAAGGGUAACAACAAUAGCGGCAAGCAGUCUAGCAAGCCAAGCAAUGAAUUACCACUCUCCGCCGCAUCACUGGCCAAGCAGCAACAAUCGACGAAACCACCGGCACCAAAAGUGCAAGCACCUGGCAAGGCUAUCAGCGCAACCACAAGUGGACCCAGUGGUUCGGUGAAAAAGUCAACUGCACCACAAGCACCGCCUAGCUACAUACAUAGCAACAUCAGCAAAGAGAGCGGCGCAAAUGCACCCGGCAGUCGUCACACGCCAUUUUCUGUAGAGUUCGGUUACUCCGGACGUCGGCCAGGUUACACUGGACCCACCGCUAAUACCAGUUCCUUCGACAUCGAUGUGGUCGAUUUGGAUGAUGGCGACACGGAUGGCGAACAAUACUUACACUCCAACGAUGACAAUCUCUCCGAGGUCAGUUCGGUUGUAAAUGUUAGUCUUAUGCAGCCGGCAGGUGGCGCAAGGAAAAGGGAAGGACGUGCCGAGCGUGGCUUCAGCAUCGAAAAUGAAAAACAGUCGAAGUCUACAGGGCAGCAGUCGUCGGGUGGUAAUAAUGGUGGUAGAAGUAGUGGCAAUGGCAAUCGUGCGCCACCACCGCCAGUGGAUCGUAACGGCAAGCAGUGGAUGUAAGCUGAUUUCAUAUUUGGCUGAGGAAGCUCUAGUAUAGUUGUGAGAAGGCUUCCAAUAAUUAUAUGAAUAAAAUAAAUAAUUGAAAAAGACUCUGAAAAAUGCUAAAAAUAUGACCACCGACAACUCCGAAAAAUGUGUGCCUUCCUUGAAACCAUCAUACUCUCAGCCAUAUAUGAAGUGAAAUUUGCUGUUGCUUUUCAAAGCAAAUGUUUGUUAACAAAAUGCAAUAAUAAAUUGUUAUCUAAAUAUCAAAUAUAAAAUAAA